AUGUCGCAGAGUAGUGGUGACAGUGCACGGCCGCCUGCCUUGAAGCGUUCUCGGUAUAGCCUAGAUCUAGAAGAUUAUGGCGAGCGACCUGAGUCUCCUGAGCACGGUGAUGUGCUGCCUGACGUUCCAAAGCCCCGGAAUUCAACGAGCAGCAGAUUUCCCGCCGAGUCCCUGCCAUAUGGGCCGAAAGAAUAUUCAGAGAUUUUCGAUUGGAACCAUGAUGUGAUUUCUCGAUUGCUCGAGAAGUGUGGGCCUUGUCGGCCGCAGGCAACAUCGUCUCCACUUUCGGUUGAACUUACGACAUCCUUCAGUGGUCUUGGGGCUGCUGAAUUUGCUGCUACUGCUGUGCAGUCUGCCAUGCAUGCUCGAGGCAUUCCGGUGGACAUUAAGCUGCAUAGUCAAACCGAGGUGGACAAGCAGUGCAGGCCUUUCCUGAAGGGCCAACAUGUGUUCAGUGAUGUUCAAGAUCGUGUUGGUGACAAGGUCGUGAAGAGCCUUGCGAGUCUACAAGCACGGUAUGUUACAUUAUUUGAGAAUGCCAAGGAGAAACUUGAUUCCAAGGACAGUCGUCAGAUUCACCAGCUGGUGGAAAAGUAUGGGUUGCUGUUUCUGCAGGCAGCUAUCAAGUGCAUGGAUCGAAAUCGUGAUUCAUUCAAGGCUUCUGCUGAGUGCUUGAAAUGUGGACACCAGUGCCCAUGGGCACCAGUGGUCAAUCAUGGCCACCGCUUGUGGGUAGAAGUUGCAGGGCAUCCCUGCACUCCUUGGUCCAAGCGUGGACGGCAGCUGGGUUUUCUGGAUCCAGAAAGUAUCAGUGCUCUUGUUUGGGCUUUCUCUUUGAGGUUGGCACCCCCUCCGGAUUGCAUCGUCAACGAGAAUGUGGGCUCCUUCCCAGCUGAGGUUUUCUUUAGCUCCAUGUUUCCUGGUUGUAGACUGGAGAUGGCCGUGUUCAGCCCGUGCGAUUUGGGGAUACCGACUCACCGACCCCGCCGCUACUCUUUGGUGUGGCCAAACCCCAUGUCGGCAACCUGUGAAGCUGCCGCUUUCGAUGUCAACAUCCUUGGCGAGGUUUGCUUUCGCCGCCUGCAUCUUCAUGGAUCCGUGUACCUGCAAUCGCCCGAGGAUGAGGUCAUUGCUCUCUUGGAUGGCCUCGCCGCGGCGCGAGGUUUGGAGCCACGUGGGCAGCAGGGCAAAUCGUACUCUUGCAAGCAUGUUCUCGCUACGGGGCACAGACUUCGCAUGAUGAAGCAUCGUGAGAAGCUCGAGCAGGAUGAGCACACUGAUUUUGAUUUCAAUGUUGAUUGUGCGCAGGACAUCGGUUUCACUGGUGCGAUGCGUGUGAUGCCGACCUUGGUUAAAAACUCCAACAUUUACAAUCUUCGAGCUGACAGACUCUACACUGUGCAGGAGUUGAUGUCAGUCCAAGGGUUUCCGGUGCACCGAAGUGACUCAAGGACGCAUCCGUGCAUGCCAGAUGAGCAGACCAUGCAGCACAUCAUCACCAUGGGCAAGAAGUAUUCCAAGACCGUCCUUGGAAACACGAUGUGCUUGUGCCAAGUCGGGACUGCGCUGGCCAUAGUGUUUAUGGCUGCGGCACGUGCAAAUCGUAGCGAGUGA